AUGAUCAGAGACAGACACACGCUGUACAUCGCCAUUUUGUCUGUGUUAGUGGGAUUCAUCCUGGGAUUUUUGUACACUUCUUCUUUUGUUGGAUUCAGGACGACAAACAAAGCGCCAUUAUCACAGAACGUAGUUGUUAACCGGCAGAGUUUCGAACAGAAUGUGAAAUUACAAGUAAACACCAAAGAAAAAACAGAUUUGAAAACCCCGAACAACGAUCCCGAUCACAAAAUAAGCAAGAUUCCAGAUCCCACAGGUACAGGUUCAUUACUGUUAACUAAGCCUGAAUUCUGGGGAACUGUUAUUUCUCGAAGUGACUCGGGCUGGCAAAAAGUGGAAAAGUUCUGUGAUCCAUCGGCGAAAUUCGUUCGAACCCAACUACGUGGACCACAACAAACUCCUAUCCAUGUGUAUACGCCACAGGAAGACCAAUGGGUCUCCGGAAAUAUUAUUCGCCAAGGAAUGUGGGAAGGAAAUCUUGUCAGAAAAAUUCAUGAUAUACUGAAAAACGAACCGGAAGUAGUUUUUCUGGAUAUUGGUGCCAACGUGGGAGUUUUUUCUCUGACUGUUGCCAAACUUGGUCGGUAUGUCAUAGCUGUGGAUGCUCUAGAUGGAAAUGUUGCUCGUCUGUGUCGUUCCGUCCAGGAUGGAAAUUUAGGCAGUCACAUGACUAUAAUUCACAAUGCAUUGUCCUAUCAACGAGAAAAAGUAUCUCUUGGAACUCAUAAGAAGAACGUUGGAGGAACGUACGUGAAAAAACUAGAAAAAAUGGGACUUGAUAAAGUAGGGCAAAACUCAUUAGUAGUUGACGCAAUUCUUUUGGACGAUCUGUUAGAAAUAUUCAAUAUUAAAAGGGCAGUCAUUAAAAUGGAUGUUGAGACUUUUGAAGCCAAUGUCUUAAAAGGAGCUGAAAAGUUCUUUAAAGCUGUUCAGGUGGAGUAUCUGCUAAUGGAAUUUGUGUCUCACAGAGGAAAGGAUAGUGGGGAUUUUAUAGUGGACUUUCUGAAAAAUCAUAGUUUAGUUUCUGAAUAUUCUAAUAAGAACCAUGCUACGUGGUCCGGCGAAGUCAUGUUUAAAAGAGUAACAUCAUGAUGAUACAUGA